AAAUGCAUUCCCCCAACAAUGUCACUAGUUAAGACAAAUGACAUGUUCACUUUGAGACACCAAGAUCGUCUUCUGCCCACUGGUAGGCCUUCACACUUGUGUAACCCUGAAGGUGUUACAGAGUCUAUUGGCAGGCCUGUCAUUUUCGUCUGCAUUAAUGGGCGUUAUGAUUUGCAUCUCCCCAAGAGGGUGUGCAACACAUGCCAUUACGAAUGGACACCUGAUUGGGGAGACCUCAUUAGAAGCGGUUACUGGCCAGCUUCUGUGAACGGAGACACGUUAUAUUCCACGGAUGUCUUCAAAUCUUUUGAGGACCUGAAGACUGUGGCACCAGGUUUGUCCAGACAGGCCUUUUUACAGAUGCUGGAACGGAGGACACAGCAUUAUGGGAGGACAGGAAAAAUCCAUGGAGAUGUCUUCCAAAGGAGCUUUCUGGAGUAUAUGGCCUGCCAGUACGAGUGCCAGAAAAUGACGUGUGAGGAACACUUCUCAUGCCCAGCUUGUACUCCCAAAAUGUUGGCUGUGUCAGUGGAUGGGAAUAGGAAACAGUACCGGUUCCGACAGUCACAGAGGAUCGAUGAACCACUUUUUAAAGGGCCGUUCAUCAUGGAAGACUCGGCUGUCACAGACUUUGUUGACAAAGUCAGAACAAAUGUAAAAAGUACCCCAGGAAAAGGUACAUGUGGUACCAGCCAGUGGUCAGCUGCUCGAGAGACAGCAAGAAGAGCCAGCAGGCUUGAUGAAGAGGGGCUAGAGGUGGCUGUAUGUAGACAUGGAGUGCUACUGAAAGCUCUCAACAUGUUCAGAGGAGAAAUAUUUGCCUACCCCUUGUUCCUUCAAACGCAGUUUCAAGCUACAAACGUGCAUUUUUAUUGCACAGAUAUUGCUUGUAAAUACUGGCCCUACCUCGAGAAAGUGGCAAAGACAAUGCCAGAACUGCAACCUUUGCUGAGCAUGCAACCGUUUCUCUCGGUCAUGCAUGCCAAGGCCCAUUCCACAAAGUGUGAGAUUGUGUGGAGUGGGAGAAAUUUGGAGGGUGCUGGUUCGACGGCCGGCGAAGAAGUGGAGAUGGUGAACAGCUUUCUGUCACGUUGUGCCAUCACAACUAAGUACAUGACAAAAUCAGCUCGCAAUGACAUGUUGACUGUCCAUGCAAUGGGAUGGAACAGACGGAAGCAGGAAAACCUUCAUGUCGUGUUGGCCAAGAGAUAUGUCAAGACAAUCCAAAUGUUGGAGGGUGAGACUCAAAAAAUGAAGGACACCUGCGAAGAGCUUGGAUGUCCUGAGGACAAAGUCCAACAAUGGGUUAAUGAUGUUAGAGACUGGGCAUCAAACGACAACACAUCAGGCAACAAUCGGUCUCUCCAGAUGUCCAUUGAGCAGCUAUUUCUAGGGCUGUGCCAAAAGAAAGCUUGCCUCUAUAGACAGACUGACAGCAAUAAGAUUCGGCAGUUGCGUCGCAAAAGGUUAAGGGAGGAAAAGACCAAACUCUUAGCGGCAAUACGCCAGUACAACACCGGACAGCCUCCUGAAGGAGAAAUCCAGGAAGAAGAGGUGGAGAGAAGACUGUCUGCAGAACAGCAAACAACAGACAGUCUAAUAUGGCCAUGGGAAGUGCAAAGUGAUGAAUCGGUGUCCAUUUUGGCCCAAAAAAAAGUCUUCGAUGCCUACAUGGGCAAAAGGAGACUUGUGGAGGAGAGGGCCAUAAUUGUGAGGGAGAUGAGGCAGCACUGCCUUUAUCUGAGAAGUCAGGCUGACAAGAUCAGGAUGCAGAUGCAACAUGUGUCAUGUGGAGGACAUAGUGACAUGACUCAAGAAGGGAGAGAUGGAUUGGCUAGUCUUCUAAAGAAAAGACUUGCUGACGUGGACACACACAUCCAGCAUCUUUCUUCGGCCUACAGCCUGGCAAUCGGACCAAAUGCCCCUCAAUGGCCUGAUGACUCCGUGGAGAACCAUGACCAAGACAGUGACAUCAGUGAUGACAGUGAAGAAGACCCUGAUGAGGACAUCACACACACCCUACCCCCACCUUGAGGAAAGGACGCUGGGGCACAGCGCCUCUCUCCCCCACCCUACCACCUCCUUGAGGAAAGGACGCUGGGGCACAGCGCCUCUCUCCCCCACCCUACCCUGAAGGACACUAGGGUGUACACCAGUCAGAGGUUAAGAGCCAAUAAUUUCCCUGCGUUACUGCAAAGAGCCACAUCAUACACAUAUGUCCCCCCACCUCUCUCUCUCCUUUCUGUGUGCUCCCUCACUCUCUUCCUCUAUGUGCCACUCUCUCUCACACAUAGAACAUGAACAUCUAAACAUUUACAAUAAUUGACCCACACACUCAGACACACCCUCCCUCACACAGACCUCUGCUCAGUCAGAGUUCUUGUUAAUGUCACACACCAUGAUAUUGACUGAAAUGUACUUAACCUCUCCUACCAGUAUUAAGACCAGAGGCCAGUUAUCCUCAAACAAUAACAUUGUGUGCACUCUCACACACAACCUCUCACUUCAAAUAAUGUGAAAAAAAGUUGUUAUCUUACUAUGCAUGUUGCUUCUUUGAACUAAGUGAACAUUCUGGAAUGAAUUGCCUUGAACAAUCCUUAAACAUGUGGCUUGUGAGGAAUAUGUAAACGUUUGUAUUUAAAACAAACCCAUGACUAAGGUUGGUUCAAACAUUGCUUCAUGACAGUUAUUUAAAAAAUAAAUGAAGUGUAUUUUAGUUAAUUCUCCUCACAUGAUAACUAUCUCAACCUUUACCUAACCCUCUGACUGACAGAAGCUCUGCUGACAGAGAUGCACUUUCUCUAUUUUUUAUUUCUUUACCGCAAUUCACCUAUUCGGGAGUCCUUCUGUGUCAGCCACCAGUUUUCCGUGAGCAGGCCUUCUCUCACACUCACACACACACCUACCUACAACUACAAAGUGUUGCCGUUUAGGGUUGAAAACAUUAUAUUGAGUUAUUACGGAGUUAUUAUCUUCAGAAGCAGAACUCUCCCUUCACUGUCACUGCAGUAAAGCCUGCCUCCGGUGCUGCAGGAUCUGCAUUCUGAUUGGCUAAAUCACUUCUGUGUUGAAAACUCUGUGUAACGAUUGGCCUGGAACUUGUGUGUUGUUUACCCUUUGUGAACUGGGAUACAUAUGCGCAAAAAAACACACUAAAUUAAAAUUCUAUAUGAAUUGAAGUUCACAAACCAUGGUUUACGUGUCAACUCACUAAUUUCUUUGUUGAUGUUCACAUAGGAAAGAGGGUGUCGUUUUUCUCAUA